AACGAGCGCGGCGGAAUGCUUGGCUGGGUGGGGGCAGUAGCGGCGCUGCGGUCGUCGGCCGGCCAGGCCACCCCUCCGAGGGUGCGCUGCGAGAGUGUGUGUGUCAGUGCGACACUCACCCCCAGAGCACGAGCACCACUCUCGCCGGCGCGCCGCCACAAUCAGCACGAGACUCUGACUCCCAUUCUUCGCCCGUACACUAACAGGUUGGCGGGGGCAGGGUGCGUGGGGGCCCUGCUGGAGGCCACCAUGAAGAUGAGCAAGGUAGGCAACCAGACCAACAGCCAAGACCCUCAGGCGGUCAACUCGAGGGUCUUCGUCGGCAACCUCAACACAUUCCAGUGCAGCAAAACGGACGUUGAGAGGAUGUUUCAGCGAUAUGGACGCAUUGCAGGCAUUUCGAUGCACAAGGGCUACGCCUUCGUCCAAUUCACAAAUCCAUUCGACGCCCGCAGUGCGUGUCUGGGCGAAGAUGGACGGACGGUUCUGGGACAAAUUCUCGACGUGAACAUGGUGGCUGAGCCGAAGGCGCACCAGACCGGCCGCAAGCGGCAAAACAACGCCAAAACAGGCAACGACUGGGACUACUAUUACGACAGCUACUACGCGAGCGCCGCGUUUGGUUCCGCGGCGCCUGGCGGCGGCACGCGCCUUGUGCCCCCGCUGAAACGCCCCCGACUCAUGGUGCCCCCUGGGGCCAGGCCUAUUCUGAAGGCAGCGGCCUCUAUCCAGAAAGCGCCGCUCGCACCAGUCGGACAACUCAAAACUUACAGCAACCCGGAUAUUUUGAUCUGCGGCAACUGUAGGGAGAUGUUCACCGAGCUGCAGGAGCUGCUUGAGCACAAGAAGACCUACUGCAAGCUCAGGUUCACGUGCAAGUGCAACCUUAUCAACGGACUAAAGCCAGUGGUAGAAUGCAACGGCGGUGGGGAAUCAGAUGGCUCGGGGGUGGCAUGCCUGCUGUGUGUGCAGUGCAAGGACGCGUUCCACAGUCCCUGGGACCUGAUGGUGCACGUGCAGGCCGCACACAUGCUCAACAUAUACGAGCUCGGCGUGCCCAACAAGAAGGAGACCUCGACUUCGCCCCCGCCCCUCCAGGACACGCCGCCCCCGCCAGCCGCCGCCGUCUGCCCUUUGGAAACACUCAAUGACGACAUGGAAGGAGGAUCUCCUCGAGCCGCGGCCGAGGAGGCGGCCACCCCGCCCGAGGGCGCCACAGUGGCCACCAGCAUUAUCGACUUAGAUGAGGACGAGGACGAAAUGGAAGAAGAGCUGCUGAACGAUCUGCACCCAUCUCGGCGCACCAACAACAACAUAAUCGACCCUAAAGGGACCUUGGACCCGAAAGGACAGCUCGAGCAGGUCCACAAGCAGGCGCAGCAACAGAACUGUAUAGUCAGGGCUGUUCGUUUGAAUGUGAACUUAUCCGAGGCACUGAAGUCGGAGGCUCCGAUGGUGGCAGUGGGUGAGCAGGAGUGAUGGCCUCCGGCCGUUGCUGCCCCCUCUCUCACAUAUCGGCCGGUGCGUGCGCGAACACUAUUCGCUGUGUGAUACUGCCAAUCCAGCAGGCGGCCAGACGGCGGCCAUCAAAGGCGGCCACUCCUCGAUCUGUUGUUGCUUUUCUGAAUAGCUCUAUAUUAUUUAUGUUCCCCUCUUGUUGUUUGAUUUUUGUUCCCCCCAUAACGAGAGAGAGAGAGAGUGAGAGAGCGAAUUAUAAAGAAAAAUUAUGCAAAUAUUACUACGCCACACGCACUCUUUUCAGUUCACUCAAUACUUAAUACUCGCCAUCCGCAAACCCUUUGUUGAGAAAUCUAUUGUACUUUAUAUAAUUAUACCUUAAAUUUGAGCAUUGAUUUUUAACUGUGCGCAGCUUCCCUGUCUAUCGUUAUUAAUAACAUGCCUUUUAUUCGAAUAUCUAUUAAUAUCAUUGUUAAGUGACCUAGUUUGAUUUUUGUCUUUAUUUACCACACGAGAAAUGGAUACUUUUUGGUCAGUGUACAGAUCUGUAGCCCUUAAUCAAUGUUACCGACAAAAUCUACUCUAAUUAUAAAAAUAAAAAUUGCAAUAAAGUCAACAAGAA